CAGCAAUUACCUUAUUAUAUGUCGGUUUUGUAUACACUCUAGAUGCUCGUAGGUUUUACAUGAGUAUGCAUAAAUAACAAUCGUGCUGGUGUGGACACUUCAGUUUGUCGAUGAUCAUAUAGAUCGUCCUUAAAUUUAAUCUUAAAGUAGGCUUUCGCACUCGGUUGUUAAUAUCUAUUCAAUAUGAUCCCUCAACAAAACGGCCUCGAACCCCUAUACGAACGACUUCGCGAGAUCCUGCCAAAGCACGCCCAGGAUGUCAAAGAGUUCCGUGAAGCACACGGAGGAGAAGCUAUUGGUAUUUUAACCGUGGAUAUGGCAUACGGAGGCAUGCGUGGUAUCAAGGGUAUGGUAUCUGAGACCUCUGUUCUCGACGCAGACGAAGGUAUCCGGUUCCAGGGUCACACACUAUUAGAGCUGCAAGAAACUCUUCCUCGUGGACCGGGAGGACAAGAGCCUUUGCCCGAAGGCGCUCUGUGGCUGCUGUUGACUGGGGAACUACCUACCCAGAAAGAAACCACUUUGUUGUCGAAAGACCUGGCUCGUCGUGCAGAACUACCUCACCACGUGGAGCAGAUGCUUAACAACUUCCCCAAGGAGUUGCACCCUAUGGCUCAGUUGUCCGCUGCCGUCACCGCCCUACACUCAGAGUCCAAGUUUGCCAAAGCAUACGCUACUGGUGAUACACCUAAGAGCAAGUACUGGGAGCUCACACUAGAAGACAGUCUGGAUCUUAUCGCUAAACUGCCAGUUAUUGCGGCUAUGAUAUAUAACAACGUGUUCCACAAUGGGCGCCCCAUAGGUAAAAUCGACCCAGAAAAAGAUUUGGGAGCCAACUUCGCCAAUAUGAUGGGUUUCACUGAUGAGGGUUUCGUUGAUCUACUACGUCUGUACCUUGUCAUCCACGCCGACCACGAGGGAGGUAACGUGAGUGCACACACAACACACUUGGUAGGAAGUGCGCUUUCCGAUCCAUACUUGGCUUAUGGAGCUGCUUUGAACGGUCUUGCAGGUCCCUUGCACGGACUUGCUAAUCAGGAGGUGCUUAGUUGGUUGACCAAGAUCAAGGCUAGGUUAGGAGAGAAGAACGGCGGCAAUUGGCAAGAAAACUUGAAUAAGAAGAGCCUUUCGGACGAGGUCUGGAAUACCCUCAACUCAGGCCAGGUUAUUCCUGGAUAUGGUCACGCUGUCCUAAGAAAGACUGAUCCCCGUUACACUUGUCAGCGCGAAUUUGCUUUGAAGCACAUGCCUGAUUCCGACGACUUCAAGCUUGUCUCCAUGCUAUACGAAGUGGUUCCUGACAUUCUUCUGAAACACGGAAAAGCCAAGAACCCCUGGCCCAAUGUGGACGCUCACUCUGGUAUCUUGCUGCAACACUACGGCAUGACUGAGAUGAAUUUCUACACCGUGCUAUUCGGUGUGUCGCGCGCAAUUGGUGUACUUACAUCACUUGUGUGGAGUCGUUCUAUGGGUCUACCCCUCGAGCGUCCCAAGAGUAUGAGCACUCCUGGACUCAAGGCAUUCGUCGCCGCGGCCAGAAGCGAACUGAAGGAGAAGCAGCAAAGAUCGAAGUACAUGUAAAUAGUUUAGGCUGACUGCCAUCGCCUACGGCAUGUCUACUGUAUUCCUGGAGCGCAAUAACACUCGGCCGCGAGUGUGCACGGUUCAUGAAGGAACAACUGCGCUGUAUAACUCGAAUGGACUACAUUGAGCACGCCGUAUGCAUCAAUAUAAAAUACGAUAUCCAAGAUUCAAAAGUUGGUGCAAGUUGCGAAAAUGAGGAAUUAACUUGCGAUCAAGGAGCGUAUCCCGAAAUUAAGUAAUGUAGAUCGAAUGGCAAGUGAUUCUGGGGGAGUAGCAUGAUACUAUUGAUGCUGUUGUUCCGGCAGUGCGUGCCCUUAUGUUGGCUUCGUAUGUAAAUUCAGCCUUCUUCGGUACGUUCUUUGUCAUCUACAAAUGAGUAAAGUAUAAGACCC